GGCAGGUACGUAUCAGUCUGGGACCUACCGGGUAUGCUUGUGCUACCAGACAGAUAGUUUAGAUGACUGACCAACAAGUUGGACAAGAUCAUCUGGGCUUGGCACUCAAGUCUCAAGUUCCUGGCUCUGGGCAAUGUGAAGCCAGUUUGAACAAUAGCCAAUCAAAACAAAAUAGGACAGACACUGGGAAUGGACAGCCUUCCUAUGUAGAUUUACAGCAGAAUGGAGCCCAGGCCAGAAAUGAAAGGGACAGAGUGCAAAGCUUAAGUAAUGGCAAAAAUAGAGAGCCUCAAAGUGAAGAACAUGAUGAAGCUUUAACUCAGGCUUCGUGUUUAAAUUUACAUCAGAAUGGAGCACAGACCAAAAAUGAAGGGGACAGAGUGCAAAAAUUUCAGAGGGCUGACCAACAAAAUGGUCUAUAUCAGCUGCACGCGGAACAAAAACCAGCUGCAGGUCAAAACAUUCCUGACUCUGAUCAAAAUGGAGCCGGUCUGGCCAUUGGGCUGUCAGAACAAACCGGGAAUGGACAGCCCUCUUAUGUAGAUAUCCAGUUGAAUGUAGGCCAGGCCAGAAAUGAAGGGAACAGAGUGCAAAGUACAAGUGCCAGUGAAAAUAAAGAGACUCAAAGGGAAGAAACUGUUGAAGCUGCAGCUCAGCCUGAUCACCCCUCUUAUGUUGAUAUCCAGUUGAAUGUAGGCCAGGCCAGAAAUGAAGAGGAGAGCGUGCAAAGUACAAGUGCCAGUGAAAAUAAAGAGACUCAAAGGGAAGAAACUGUUGAAGCUGCAGCUCAGCCUGAUCACCCCUCUUAUGUUGAUAUCCAGUUGAAUGUAGGCCAGGCCAGAAAUGAAGAGGAGAGAGUGCAAAGUUCAAGCGCCGGUGAAAAUAAAGAGACUCAAAGGGAAGAAACUGUUGAAGCUGCAGCUCAGCCUGAUCAGGUCUUGUAUUUUGAUAUACUGGAAGAUCAGAAUAAAGCACAGACCAGAAAUGAAGGGGACAGACUGCAAAAAUUUCAGAUGGCUGACCAGCAAAAUGGUCUAUAUCAGCUGCACUUGGCACAAAAACCAGCUACAGGUCAAAGCAUUCCUGACUCUGAUCAAAAUGCAGCCGGUCUGACCAAUGGCCAGUCAGAACAUACAGGAAAUGGACAGGUAACAUUUUUUAAGUGACUUAACUAGGGUUAUUGGGUCAAACAAACUGCCCUUUUUGAGAGAAAGGUAUGCUCUUGGUAAAAUUUGAGCUUAAGGAGACAACUUAUGGAUACCGAACAGACCACGCAAUGAUACACCUGAAACUCACUCUCUCUGAGCAGAAAAAAGGGAGAGGUUUCUGGAAAAUGAACAACAGCCUUCUAAAAGAUUUUGAGUAUAUGAGAGGAGUAAAGAAAAUAAUAGAGGAUCUUAAAUAUCAAUAUUGUGCCAGUCCAUAUAACAAAGCAGAGUUAUGUAAAAUUAGUGACAAUGAUCUGGACUUCUUGUGGAUGAGCAAGCAUUUUUUGAACAGAUAUUAUUACAGGUUAGAGGCUAUACAAUUGCUUACAGUUCAGCAAAGAAAAAGGAGAAAAUAUAAGAAUGAAGACCCUGGCUGAAAAAAAUUAAGAAAUUAUAUUCCAUGUAUACAGAUAACCC